GCACAUAUUGAGACAGCUAAUAGGUUUUCCUUCAGUCAAACGUGGACUCAUGACAAAGUCCAUCAUUACCUGCAAAACGAGGUGUUUCCAUUAGCAUUUGAGUACGUCAAUUCAACAGAAAAGGGGAAAGGAAUUGGCAUACCUUCUUGCCCAUGGGUUUUAAUAAGCAAGGAGAGGCUCCGAUAUGAGGUUGUAAACAUUGACAACCCCACCGGCAGUGAUCUUGCAUGA